UUAAAGAUCUACUAAAAUCAGGUAAGAAAGGCUGUAAAAGUCUCAUUGAAUAUGCUAACUGUCCUAUUUCUCCAUGACUGAAUAUCUGUGAAUAAACUUCUUUCUCUAAAUUUUUUCAAUAAAAAAAAUCAUCCAAUUUUUCCCUAAUUGUGCAUAAAAUCCUUUUUUAUUUGUUUUACAAUUUAUUAAACAAAAAAUAUUCAAAAAGCAUUAAACUUUGCCCGUUAAAUGUGCUUUUUAGGCAAUAUAUUCUCCCCGUAAGAACUCUAUUUGUAAAAGAAAAAAUUGGGCCACAUUCUGGGUCAAUAAAAAAUGCUCAAGAAUCAGCAUAAAAAUUAAUUAAUUCCCCAUUGAGAGCUCAUCGUGAUGGGAUUUCGUGUUAAUUUAAGUAUUUUCUUACUUAUUUUCUCUGUUAAUCCCUUGUGGGGAUGGUGUUUGAAGAAUUUGGGGAUGCAGGAGGGUGACUAUGAGCUCCUGCAUUUAUCCCUCUACAAAUUCCGUGCAUUCCUCUCAAUUCGGAGUAACAGUGAGGGGCGUAUUGCUACACUCAUUGAGGCUCCAUGGCCUGAGAAUUCCCUUUCAUUUGCUACACGUCCCUUCCCGGGAAGUGUUAAUGGAGAAGGAGAGGAAGGAGUUUGUCAGGGGAUUGUUCAGAGCUGGAGAACUGCUGUGGAUACGAAGGGAAGAUUGUGGGUUGUGGAUAGAGGUGAUGCUGAUGGUGUUUGCCCACCCAAAAUUGUUAUUUUCAACCUCCGGAAAACGUGGAAAAGUGAAGUCCAUCGACAUGUCUUCACCAAUGCCACUGAGGGGCUCAUUACAUCCCUGACCAUUGAUCCUCAGCCCCAUGGAAGUUUCACACGAGCCUACCUCACUCUACGUGGGAGUAAUUGUAUUGCCGUGUAUUCACUUGAGGAGAAAAAAUUCUGGACUUUGUGCACAAAAUCCACCCCUCUGCAAUUCACGGAAACCAUCAUCUUGCCCACGGGUAUCCUCUAUCUCUACGACGGCACCCAAAAUAUCCUUCAUGCAACGGAUCUGCACACAUUGCGCAAGAAGGAAUUCCACGUCAAUGAGGCAUUUCUCAUUCAAACUGUUCCUAUUGGGAAUCUCUUGGGACACGCUCGUUCCCUCCUCAUUGAUACCCAAAAUUCCCUUUACUACAUCAUCCCCCGCUUUGGGGCUGUUGUUAAAUGGAAUAUAGAGUAAGUUUGUAAAAAGAAAAAAAUAAGAAGAAGACUCACAAAAAAAACUCUUCCACAGAAAAGAUCUCAUUGCGGAAAAUCAGGAAAUCCUUCAUAUUCAAUCCCCGGAG